UCCGGAAGAACCUCCUGCGAAGCACAAAAAUACACUCAGGCUUGUUAGAUGAGUUAUGAAAAAGUUAUGCCUGGCUGUCAUAUGGAUCUACAACAAUUGUUUUUAACACUGGACACGACCCUCUGAUUCCCCGCACAUGAGCAGUGGACGAUCUCCUCAUGUCCAGAGAGCAGGAGCAGCUCACAAGUCAACUGCGAAGGGUUGGACUCGAGCUAAUGGCUAAUUUCAGCUAAAGCUCCGUUAGCAUCAAGGCCAGUCAAGCCCACAAACUUGCUUACGGUACUUACUAGCUCAGCGCUAGUAAUGUCUCUGACUAUACCAACUGCCGAGAUGUUAGAAACUCCACCUGGAUAUCCUUUUGAGGAAAUCAAUUAUGAGGACAUUGAAGUGGAGGAGGUGGUGGGCAGAGGAGCUUUUGGGGUUGUUUGUAAAGCCAAAUGGAAAGGCAAUGAUGUGGCCAUUAAAACUAUUGAGAGUGAAUCUGAGCGGAAAGCCUUUGUGGUUGAGCUUAGACAGCUGUCCCGUGUGAGCCACCCCAAUAUUGUGAAGUUGUAUGGUUCCUGCAAUAAUCCUGUUUGCCUUGUUAUGGAAUAUGCUGAAGGCGGAUCACUGUACAAUGUGUUGCAUGGCGCCGAGCCCCUCCCCUUCUACACUGCAUCUCACGCCAUGAGCUGGUGUUUACAAUGUGCUCAGGGAGUGGCCUACCUGCACGGCAUGAAACCAAAGGCUCUGAUUCACCGGGACCUCAAACCACCCAAUCUUCUCCUGGUAGCAGGAGGGACAGUGCUGAAGAUUUGUGACUUUGGAACAGCCUGCGAUAUUCAGACCCACAUGACUAACAACAAAGGCAGUGCAGCAUGGAUGGCCCCAGAAGUAUUUGAAGGCAGCAAUUACAGUGAGAAGUGUGAUGUAUUCAGCUGGGGCAUCAUUCUGUGGGAGGUGAUCACGCGCAGGAAACCCUUUGAUGAGAUCGGAGGCCCAGCCUUUCGCAUCAUGUGGGCCGUGCACAAUGGCACUAGACCACCUUUAAUUAAAAACCUGCCUAAGCCGAUAGAGAGCCUGAUGACGCGCUGCUGGUCUAAAGACCCCUCACAGAGACCCUCUAUGGAGGAGAUAGUCAAGAUAAUGACUCACCUCAUGAACUUCUUCCCUGGAUCAGACGAGCCCUUGCAAUACCCCUACCAGUAUUCAGAUGAAGGCCAAAGCAACUCGGCCACAAGCUCCGGAUCUUAUGUGGAAUACACCAGCACCAACACAAGCAACAAAAGUGAUGCCAACAUGGAGCACAGCGACUCUCAAGGGAGCAAUGACACCAUCAAGAUCACGCCUCAGUUCCCUCCUCACUUCAGACCAAAGGACCCGCUGAGGACCUUGCCUUUGUCCAGAGGGGGCAGUGUGGAGAGUCUGCCUGGGAGAACACAAAGCUCCGAUAAGCGAAUGAGCGCAGACCUCUCCGAGCUGGAGCCAAAGAUGUCAUACACACCCUCAGCACGCCCGCAGUAUAAACGAGGCCACCGCAAAACGGCUUCAUUUGGCACCAUUCUGGACGUCCCCAAGAUCGUCGUGACAGCCUCGUGUGAGUCCCAGAGGAGGCGCUCUGUCCAGGAUCUGCCAGCCAUCUGCAACGAAUCUGGUCAGGGGAGCAGGAACAGCAGCCGCUCAUCCAGUCCCAGUGUGCGGAUGACCUCUGACAAGACCAGUAACAGAGCCUACUUCCCUUCCGAUGACCCUACAGAUACCAAUGGCUCUGACAACUCCAUACCUAUGGCGUAUCUGACCCUGGAUCACCAGCUGCAGCCCCUGGCUCCAUGUCCAAACUCUAAAGAGUCCAUGGCGGUGUUUGAACAGCACUGUAAAAUGGCUCAAGAAUACCUGAAAGUGCAAACCGAGAUCGCCCUGCUCAUCCAGAGGAAGAAGGAGCUGAUUGCUGAACUGGACCAGGACGAGAAGGACCAACAGAAUGCGUCCCGUCUGGUGCAGGAGCACAAGAAGCUGCUAGAGGAGAACAAAAGUCUGUCCACAUACUACCAGAAGUGCAAAAAACAGCUGGAGCUUAUCCGCGUACAGCAGCAGAAGAGGCAGGGCACGUCAUGAUGGGACCCCUCCCCCUGUACUAUGCACUGUAACACUAUAGGAGACUUGUCCACUGUGCGCCGCAUGUCCCAUCUCUGUUCACAAGAAACUUUGCACAUCAUCACAGUGUGGCUGUGGUGCAGACCAAACAAUCACCUGCUGCUGUUUUAUGGACUUCCACUGAGAGGAGCCAGUGAGCAAGGCGCUGUCCCACAUGCUCAGGGUUCCUACGCUCUAACAGUCUAUUGAUUGUUUUUACUAGCAUUUAUUCAGAAAAAUCAAAGGGAAUAGAAUAAAAAAUUUUAAUGAUAUAAUAAUAUAUAUUUAUUAUAAGUAAGUGGGUAGUGUAGGAGCCCUGGGGGCUGCAUGCUCUCUUCAGUGGAUCAUCAUGUUUUUAUUUCUCCAGCAGCUGGCAGCACACAGUACAGAGGGCGAGGACUGAUGGAGGGUGAAACGCCAUACUUUAGUGUAUUUGUUGUUUAACCAGUGAACAAAAAAAUCCUGGUUUGUAUAUCAGGAGGCUAUCCAUCACAGCAGGUUAUGAAAAAACAGUACUGUUAAAUGACCCUAUAGAGCUUCAAAAGCAUCACUUUAAAAUCAUGUUUUCAAUGCACAUUUGUCUAAUAUUUGGUGGCAGAAGAUCUAACCGUCAGUCGAUGCCUUUUUGUACUGUAGCUGCAUGUCUUCAAGAAUGUGAAACCGAGACAGCUUUUCAGCAAAAAGUGACUUAUGCAGUGUUUGUGAAUGAGGCGCUGUGGGAUCCGUUUUAUGCAAACCCCACCCUUACCUGCUCCGAUCCCAUGAGAUCUGUGUCCCAUCCUCAAAGGUGUCCAACUCCACACAGACACGUAUGAACUCUGAAGUGACGGACUGCAGGUCGUUCUCCACGGCUUUACUAUGACGUCAGUAUUGUUUCUGUGUGUCUCAGUCUUUUCUAUUCACAUGAUUUUCUUGUAUGAUAUCCCUCAUAUUCUUGGUAUGUGAAUGCCCCCACGGACAAAUGGAGUAAAUAGCUCCUUGUACAGUUGUCUAUGGUAGUUUGGUUUUAGUUCACAUGUUGCCUUAGAGGUUACCUGCUUUUUAAAUGCUUGAUUUGUUUUAUGUGAGAUGUCGCUCAGCAGAAAAGUUUAAAUGUACCGGACAGUAAAUUAAUUCAGGUUUUCAGACUGGAUUUCCCAGUUUUGUGAAUGUAUGCUGCCAGCUGACAAUGAGUUUAUGCAGCCUUGCCAACCAGAAUCAAUCUUUUGGGGGUGGGGCAAACUGAUCAGGCUAACACUUGGACAACAAAAAUGGCAUGCGUUCAAAGAACAAUUGGAUGUGACAUUAGAAUUCGGAUUUUAUGUCCUGCAAGUAUUUUGCACUUGUUGUGUUCACCUUCUUUAAGGCUUUUUAAAUGUCCUGUCAUCAUGGCAGGUCAUGAUUUUAAGUGCACAGGAGUGAGCCUCACCCUGGGCCCUGUUUACUGAGUUCAUUGAUCACACAACACUGUUUUAUUGUCUCUGGGUUAGCGCUGAUGACCUACAGUGUGUACCAGGAGGAAGGACUUUCAAAAUAAACUCAGUUAUAAAGAUGA